AUGGCAAAGGUUUAUCAGAAAGAUGAUUUUGAAAAAUUAAUGGCUAAAGUGGAAAAAAUAGAUGGAAGAGUUAAGAAGUAUCUUCAAGAUGCUGGGUAUGAAAGGUGGGCUAGAUCUCAUGCAACUGUGAACAGGGGGAGGAUGAUGACUUCAAACAUAGCGGAAUGUAUCAAUGGUUGCCUUGUUGAUGCACGACAAUUACCUAUUAUAGACUUUCUGAAAGAAGUUAGAAUUCUAUUUGGUACUUGGAAUUGCAAAAAUCGAGAAAUAGCAUCUUAUACAAAGGAAACAUUAGGGAGAAGAUUUGAAGAAAUAUUGAUUAUAAACGCGUCCAAAUGUGUGAAAAUGAAGGUAGUUGCAUCUUCUGAAUAUAUCUUUGCAGUGUAUGAAGGUGCGAUAAGAUACAUUGUAUGUCUUGAGAGAAAAACUUGUUCAUGUGGUAGAUUUCAACAUGACGAGAUACCUUGUGCGCACGCAAUGGCUGUUUUGAAGAAGAAGAAUAUUAAAGAUGUACAUCCAUACUGCUCUGAUUACUAUAAACAUGAUGCAUUAGCAAACACUUAUGCACUUCCAAUAGAACCAAUGCCAGACAAAAGUGAUUGGAUAGCUCCAGAAUCUGUUUUGGAAGAAGUAGUCUUGCCACCAAGAUACAAAAAAAUGCCUGGAAGGCCAAGAAAAAAGAGGAAGAAAAAUCCAGAUGAAAAGAUUACUACAAACACGAACUGUUGCGGACAGGAAAGUCACAAUAGAAGAACAUGUACUUUCUUCCCAAAAGAUUCGUAA